GUUAUCAACUCGCCUCAUCGACGGUCCUGGCCGUGGCUCAUCGAACGGUUUGAAGCGCUCGCUGCGUCUGUGUGAGGCGCCCCUUCUUUUCUCAAGGGACUUCAAAUCCUCGCAGCGUUCCACCUUGUUGUGCCUCCGUCUCCUUGUCGUCGUCGCGUGGAUUGGCGUUGCAGCCAGCAUCGUUGCUGCCCCGCCUUUUUCCCCCCGGAUUGUUGUUACCGCCGUUCCGCUCUGAGUAUUAUCGACGUCCCGGUCUAAUUCAUGGCUCUGCCAGGUCAGAAAACUCCCGACAACUGCCCAAGCUUCAAGCUCGUCAUUGUUGGAGAUGGAGGGACAGGAAAGACCACGUUCGUAAAACGUCACUUGACCGGUGAAUUCGAAAAGAAGUAUGAACCAACCAUCGGCGUAGAGGUGCACCCGCUCGACUUCUUCACCAAUUGUGGGCGCAUCCGAUUCUACUGCUGGGAUACCGCCGGGCAGGAGAAAUUCGGAGGACUUCGUGAUGGAUACUACAUCCACGGACAAUGCGCCAUCAUCAUGUUUGACGUGACUGCAAGGCUGACGUACAAGAACGUCCCAACUUGGCAUCGCGACCUGUGCAGGGUGUGCGAGAACAUUCCGAUCGUGCUGUGCGGGAACAAGGUGGACGUGAAGAACAGGCAGGUGAAGGCGAAGCAGGUGACUUUCCACAGGAAGAAGAACCUGCAGUACUACGAGAUAUCAGCGAAGUCGAACUACAACUUUGAGAAGCCGUACUUGUAUUUGGCGAGGAAGCUUGCCGGUGACCCGAAUCUGCACUUCGUGGAGUCGCCAGCGCUAGCUCCUCCGGAGGUACAAAUCGACAUUGCGACACAGGCGGCGCUAGAGGCAGAGAUCGCCCAAGCACAAGCGUUGCCUCUUCCCGACGACGACGAUGACGCCUUUGACAGCUAGGUCUUCGGAGGUGGCUAUUCAGCUUUGAGUUGGCGUAGGUAACAAAACUGGAAAUACUGUUCUAUUCUGCGUACCGUGGUCUGGAGAGUUUCAAUUGUAGUUGAUGGCUAGGCUGACUGGUUCGGCCGGUUAGGAAAAUGAAGUCGGUUUAGAUGAUUCAGAACAAUCUCUAUUUCAGAGCAUUUGUGACCGGCGCCGGCAUUGAUGAGAUUAGUACACAAAGCACGAGAGAAAAGGGGUGUACAUGCCCUAGUUCCGAUCUGGCACUCUACGUGCCCUAGAGUGUUUUUUUAUUUUUCUUAUCCAGUAGGAUUCAUUUGUUAAAUUAGUAUUACUGUCUUACAUUGUCUGCCGUUCUGCCGCGGAUGAGAAAUAGUUGAAGGAAUUGUUGCCUUGAUUAUUCACGUUUAUGUUCCUGAAAUUCGAGCGUGAAUUUAGCUGGUUCACAUUCCAACUUAUUUACCUUGGCGAAAUAGUUCCUUUGUGUCUAGAAGCUUAUAUGAUAGAGAUGGUUUGAGUGCG